CCUCGUCGGACGAAACCUACACGUAGUUCUGCUGCUUCUGCUGUUUACACUCCCUUUCUAUUCACCGAAUUACUCUCCGUUAAUAGUCCAAAAUGUCGAAGAGUGAAGUUCUGAUGCUCCGUGGAACCCUUGAGGGUCACGCUGGAUGGGUUACCUCGCUCGCCACUACCCCCGAGAACCCCGAUUUGUUGUUGUCUGCCAGCAGAGACAAGACUCUUAUCGUCUGGGAUCUGACUCGCGAUGACAACGCCUACGGUGUCCCCAAGCGCAGCCUGCACGGCCACUCGCACAUUGUGCAGGACUGUGUGAUCUCGUCCGACGGUCUGUACGCUAUCUCUGCGUCGUGGGACAAGACCCUUCGCCUGUGGCAGUUGUCGACCGGCAAGACGAUCCACCGAUAUGUCGGCCACACCUCCGACAUUCUGUCGGUCUCGUUCUCGUCCGACAACCGACAAAUUGUGUCUGGAUCGCGCGACAAGACGAUCAAGCUGUGGAACCUCCUCGGUGAGUGCAAGUACACCAUCACCGAGAAGGGACACACCGACUGGGUUUCGACCGUGCGAUUCUCGCCCAACCCGUCGAACCCGGUUAUUGUUUCUGCUGGAUGGGACAAGCUUGUGAAGGUUUGGGACCUCGAGCUUGCCGAGUUGGAGACUGACCACAUUGGACACACCGGAUACAUCAACGCGCUCACGAUCUCGCCCGAUGGAACUCUGUGCGCGUCUGGUGGCAAGGACGGCCAGACGAUGCUCUGGGAUCUGAACGACUCCAAGCACCUGUACUCGCUCGACGCGGGUGAUGAGAUCAACGCGCUGACUUUCUCGCCCAACCGAUACUGGCUGUGCGCCGCGACUUCGUCGUCGAUCAAGAUCUUUGACUUGGAGAAGAAGAGCUCUGUUGACGAUUUGAAGCCUGAUUUCGCGGAGGGCGGCAAGGAGCCGGAGUGCAUUAGCUUGGCGUGGAGCUCUGACGGACAGAACUUGUUUGCGGGAUACACUGACAACAAGAUCCGUGUGUGGCAGAUUAUGCAGUCGAACUAAGGGAGGGACGAUAAAAAAGGGAAAAGUGUGUAGUGUUUGAUAUUUAUAAGUUAAUGUAAGUUCAAAUAAGAAGAAGUAGAAUAAGUAGAAGAAGAGGAAGUAGAAUUACCGAAAGUAGAAGUCAAACUACCGAAAGCGGAAGUAAAAGCCAAGAGAAUUAAAUUUUUAUUUUUUUUUUUUUUCUUUUUUGCUUAAUUGAGCCUUGUAGAAGUCUCGGCGCCGAUGACGCGAGAAUACAUAAAAGCCUGGAUUCUGUUCUGCUUCUCUUCUUCUUCUU